AUGCUGAGGCUUAGGUUUUUUGCCAAAGGAUUCUUUCGAUCGUUUUCAGAAUUUUCAAAUCACUACAACAUAGGAAAAGCUCGGAUAGAUCUAAAACUUGCAAGUGCUAAAAGUUUAGAGUCAUUUAUAAACGAUAUAGACGUGUCCAAAACUUCUCAUUCAAUGCUUGCAUACACACUUCAAAUUGUUGAUAUGCAAAAUCAAAGAUCUGGCUCAGAAGCAUGAAACAAGUUAAAAAAAAUUAAAAACGAAGUUGAAGAGAACCUUGAAAAGCUUGAUUCUCAAGGUAUCGUCAAUUUUUGUGAGUGAAUUGCAAGCUCUUAUAGAUUUACCACAGAAGUAUCUCUAACAAAAGAGAAAAAGAAAAUAUUAAUUGAUUGCGUAAAUAAGCAUUUAAUUAGUCGCUCUUUUGACCGGAAACAAAUUUUAUCGAUCUAUGAAAAUUUGGUGCCUAAAGGGUUUAAAAUGGAAGAACUAGAAAAUGAGGUUAAAAAAAUGGCUGGGAGUAAAUUAAAUUUGGAAGAAAUUUCAAAAAUUUUAACUGGAACUGGAAGAUUUAUUUAUACUUCAAAGAGAAGCUUAUUUUUCGCUUGCAUGAAAAGAAUCCUUCAACUAAAUAAAGAAGAACUUGAUGGAAGACACUUAGCCAAAAUUUUAGACGCUUUAGCUAUUAAACAGCCUACAAGCAUACAGAUAUAUUUUUCAGAUUUUUUAAAAUUGAUUGAAGAUAGUUUACCUAGAUGGGAAGAAAAUGAUUUAUUAUCAGUAAUCAAGUUCUAUAAGAAUAAUACAGAUGGCUAUAAGGGUCUAUACCAAAGUGCACUAAAAAGACUGAAUAUCUUGCUUAGUAAUAAUCAAUCCAUAGAAUUUAUAAUUGAAUUGACAACUCUUUUAAAAAAUUCACCAAAAAAUUGUUUUAUCGCUGAUGAAAUAGUUUUAAAAAGCAUACUAAUAAUUAAGGAAAAAUUGUCGAAAGAGUCAAUAGACUCAGAAAAUAUAAUAAAAAUACUUAGGCUUAUAGGCCCAAAUAUUGAUUAUCAGACUGCACUUACAUUAGCACACCAAAUAAAUAGUAAAACCCUUUAUUUAAAUGAACUCAUGCAAAUAUUUGAAAAAGCAUCAUGAUUAUGUAUUAGCAAAGAAGGAAAACUUUUCCCUUUUGCAAAUUUAAUUUCAAAUAAAAUUAGCUAUAAAAAAAUUGAAGAUAUUGGGUGUCAUUACAAAAUAGAUGUAUUAUUCAGCAUUAUUCAUACAAAUAAUUAUGAGCUAUAUGGCCUGCAAAAAAUAAAAGAUUUACUUAUAGAUGACUUAAGAGAGUGAAUUACUUUAAGUGAUGACAAUACUAAACUUUUUAUUAGUAUUGCUAGCAGAAAGGAAUAUAGUUCAAAGUUCUAUAGAGCAAUAAAACCUUUGCAAGCCACAGCUUUUCGCUCAUUAAUAAGAUUAUCGAAGGAAUGCAAUUCCUUAUUUUUUUCGAUUUUGCUUUAUGAGUGUGAUCCAGAAAAAUGAAAAGACUUUGUGAUUGAAAAUAAAAAUAACUUUUCAUUUGAAGAUAUCUUAAGCACAAUAAGAUUUUAUAAAGGACCUUUUGAGGCAAUUAUAUUUUUACUAGAAAAGUAUAAAAAUAAGUUAUCUCCGUGAUGGAUAGGUGCUGCCAUGGAUAGAAUUGUUGAAGUGAAAAAUGUUCAAAUUCUAAAUGAUUUUGCCCGUAUUUUAAACAAAAUAGACCCUCAUUACUUAUUAUAUGAAAAAAAUAUCAUCAUUAGAAUUGAUAAAUUUAAUCAUCUUUUUUUGCAUUCCGACUUUAGUUUACUGACAGAUUUAUUUGCUGGCGCAUUAAAAUUACUAAAAGACCUUCCUAUUGAUUCUAUCUUUAGCAAUCGAAAUAUCUUAAUACUCAGCUUUGCUUCAAUGCUUGGCAAGCUAGAACCGGAAAUUGCUGAUUCUGUUUUAUCUAACUAUUCUUAUAUGAAUGAUAUUGAUCAAUGAAACAUGCUGACUAUUUCUUCAAAAUGUACCGAUAUGAAGCUGAGAAAAAAUAUAAUCGACAAAGUUUUCAACAAGUUCCAUGAGAAAUUGAAUCAUACUGCUCUUCCUCAGAUUAUCAAACGAUACUGAUAUCAUCCAAAAACGGAAAUUGAUAAUUAUAUUAUAGAUGCAUUAAAAAAAAUUGUUCCACUUUUAGGAAAAUACGGUCUCUGAGCUAUGGCAGAUGUAAUUUACAAGCUUUCCCAAGUGAAUAUAAAUGAUCAUUUAGAGUUAUAUAAUGCAAUAUCAUCCCUAUUAAAAGAAUUGGUUUUAAAAAAUGUUGGAAAAAUACUAUUCGCAGAGUUUGAUAUAUUGCUGGGUUUAGCUCAUAAUAAUAUGCCCAUGGAUCUUAAUUUUGCUCAAAUAAUAUCGGAGAACACUAGGAAUUAUAAAUUAUAUGAUAGUGAGAACAAAAGAGAAAAGCUCAUUGAAAAAAUAAAAACAGUAGGAUUAUCUGACAAAAAUGCAGUUUUAGCAGUUUGUAAUAAGCAUGAUAAUUUUAGAACAGCUUAUUUAGCAGAAACUAUUUCAUGUUUGGCAGAAUUAAGAUUUGAAAAAGAGGCAUGGGCUAACCAUAUGGCUAAUGAAUUAAUGGAUUAUGUAGAAGAUAAAAAGAUAUCCUUUGAAAAUGAUAAAGAGCACAUCAACUGGAUAUAUGGGCUUGUUGCUUUUAAAGCUAGUAAAUCAGAAAUUAUGAGACAUAUAGAAAACAGUAAAUAUUUUGAAUGCGAGUCGCCAACUUUUAAGCACUUUUUACUUGAAAAUCAUUUUAGCAUGGAUCCAAAUUACAAAGAAAUUAGGAUACUCAACCAAGAAACUCAGAAAUAUUGGCAGGAUUUUGACUAUUUUAAAUAUUUUGGAAUAGAAAAGACACUCAUCAGUCGUAUUGAAUCAUCGUCCAGUAAAGCUAAUCUUGAAGUAAAAGCUGGGGCGUUUAUUGAUGGGAUAUGGAUGCCUUUUUACAUUCCACUUAAAAAUACAGCUUUAUGGCCAGUGACAAAUUCGGUUCUUUUAUAUCGCUCAAAUCUUUUAAAGGGAGAAUUUCUAAUGCACCGAAAUCAAAUUAUUAGAAAGGUAAAUGAUUUGAGAAUUCUUAGUAAGGAAGAGACGAAUAAGAUAGGAGAAAUAGAUAUAAAGCAAUUUCUUAAGAUUUAA